AGGGCGCACGUGCCGGGGGCGGGAGCUGCGAUCGCGGUUAUGGCGUCGUUACUUUGGGGAGGCGACGCCGGGCAGGCGGAGAGCGAGCGGCUGAACAGCCAUUUUUCAAACCUCGUCCACCCCCGGAAGAACCUUCGGGGCAUUAGGAGUACUGCAGGCCCAAACGUAGAUGAUUCUAUUAACACAGAAGAGGAUGAUGAAGAAGAUGUAGUGGAUUUGGCAGCCAGUUCACUCUUGAACAAAUUAAUCCGGCAGUCAUUAGUAGAAUCCAGUCACCGAGUUGAAGUCUUACAAAAGGAUCCCAGCUCUCCACUCUACUCAGUGAAAACAUUUGAAGAGCUGCGGCUGAAGGAAGAAUUAUUAAAAGGGAUCUAUGCAAUGGGAUUUAAUAGACCAUCCAAAAUCCAAGAGAUGGCUCUCCCUAUGAUGCUGGCACACCCACCCCAGAACCUCAUAGCCCAGAGCCAGUCUGGAACAGGAAAAACAGCAGCUUUUGUGUUGGCCAUGCUAAGCAGAGUUAAUGCCUUGGAAUUGUUCCCACAGUGCCUCUGUCUAGCUCCGACUUACGAACUGGCUCUGCAGACUGGUCGUGUGAUCGAACGGAUGGGCAGAUUCUGUGUGGAUGUCCAAGUGAUGUACGCCAUUCGAGGGAAUUGCAUUCCCAGAGGAACAGAUAUCACCAAACAGAUUAUAAUCGGCACUCCCGGGACUGUCCUAGAUUGGUGUUUCAAGAGAAAAAUAAUCGAUCUGACUAAGAUCCGGGUGUUUGUCCUGGAUGAAGCAGACGUGAUGAUUGACACACAAGGAUUCUCAGAUCAAAGCAUUCGUAUUCAGAGAGCUUUACCUUCUGAGUGCCAGAUGCUCCUCUUCUCGGCGACCUUUGAGGACUCUGUGUGGCAGUUUGCAGAGCGAAUCAUUCCCGACCCUAAUGUUAUCAAGUUACGAAGAGAGGAGCUGACCCUGAACAACAUCCGCCAGUACUAUGUGCUGUGUGAGAACAGGAAGGACAAGUACCGCGCCCUGUGCAACAUCUACGGCGGCAUCACCAUCGGGCAGGCCAUCAUCUUCUGCAAGACUCGUCGAAUUGCCAAGUGGUUGACUGUGGAGAUGAUGCAGGACGGCCACCAAGUGUCUUUGUUAAGCGGAGAGCUGACGGUGGAUCAGCGAGCCUCCAUCAUUCAGAGGUUUCGGGAUGGGAAAGAGAAAGUUCUCAUAACAACCAAUGUCUGUGCUCGAGGGAUUGACGUGAAGCAAAUCACGAUUGUUGUGAACUUUGAUCUCCCUGUGAACCAAGCUGAGGAGCCAGACUAUGAAACGUACCUUCACCGCAUAGGGCGGACGGGGCGCUUUGGGAAGAAAGGCCUGGCCUUCAACAUGAUUGAAGUGGCUAAGUUGCCCCUGCUUAUGAAGAUCCAGGAUCACUUUAAUAGCUGUAUCAAGCAGCUCGACCCUGAAGACAUAGAUGAGAUUGAAAAGAUUGAGUAUUGAAGACAGAACUCUAUUGCUUGUGAAACUUCCUAGUUUAUGUGAGAAUGUCCCAAUGGGUUUUGAAAGUAAUUUUUUUCCGCUGGGGCUUUUUCAAAGUUAAACUGUUAAAUCUGGCAAAAAUAAAUGUCAUGGUAGCCUUAGUCUUAAGAUCUGAGGUCUUUUUGAGACCAAAUUGGUGUGAAGCACGUGAUCUUUUUGAAUAAAAAAGCAAGAUUAUUUCUUAUUCUAA